AUGGACCACUCUGGUACAUCAGAAGCCACGUGGCUGGCCGCGAGCGCCGAUGGAAGUGGGUCCAGAACGCAGGGCCCCGGGGGAACCAGGAGAAAAGGGGACCACGGCCCCGAGGGCGGGAGCGAACUGCGGCAAGGAUGGGGAGCAAAGGAACCACCGCAACCGAAUCCAAAGCACAAGGAAGGAACCACUGAGCCACACGAGGGCGGCGCCCAGCCACCAGACAAGAGGCAAGGCCCGAUCCCGGGGCCAGGAAAAGCACAAGGCCCGCCGACACCAGGCCCCCCAGCACAACCAAGCAGCAGGCGGAAGGAGAGGCGCGGCGAGGGGAGGAGGCCACCCACACCAGCCCCACCGGGCCCCCAGCCCAACCCCAGAUCCAGCGGAGGUGCCAGGGAAACCAUGGGACAGGAGAGGUGGGCAGCCCCGGAGGAGCACCAGAGGACAAGGAGGAGCAAUCCAACAGGGGGGACAGGGGCCAGGGAGCCACAGAGGAAUGGGCCACCCCGCCCGGAGGUCCCCGAACCAGGGAGGGUGCAGGAUGAGACCCUGGAGUGGCAGGGGCCGCCUCGGAGCCAGGGGAGAAAGGCGGGCCCCACAAACCUGGAGGGACCCAACCCACCAACGGUAGAGCAGACAGACCCAACUGAAAAGGAACGAUGGCCGCCAAACUCUCCUCUUUCCCACGCCACCACCACCCCCACCGCCAAUAGGACCAGAAGUCCCGCGGCGCAGCACCCGGGCCCCCACCUGCGGGCCAGCCAGCCCCCCCCCCCCCCCCCCAAGCACAGAGGUGCACCCACGGCCCGCAAGGGAGGAGCUGAAGGGAGCGCGGGCCAGCACCCGACCCAACUCUCCUGGAAGCCUGCGCUGCCAACAGGGGAGUGGUGUUCAUGUUGUACUCUGUAA